AUGUCCAUGCUGUCGCUGCAGCUGCUCCUUCUCCCGCUCGCCUCCUUCCUGCGCACGGCUGCAUCCACCACCGGCACCGGCAGCAACGGGAGCUGCACGCAGCGGUCAUGCGGGGGCCUCACCAUCAGGUACCCCUUCUCCCUCGCCGGCGCGCAGCCGCUCUACUGCGGCUACCCGGCCUUCGACCUUACCUGCGACAACGGCACCCGCCGCUCCUACCUGAGCAACACGUUCAGGGAGCACCUGUUCCGCGUCGACAACAUCUCCUACGUGGACAACACCAUGAUGGCUGCCGUGCAGACCGCCUUCGCCGGCGACAGCGGCUGCCCCGUCCCCGACUUCAACCUGACGGCCAGCCUCGCCCUCUUCCCGUUCAACAUCAGCUCCACGAACAAGCGCCUCGUGUUCUUCUACAACUGCACCGUGCCGGCUGAGAUUCGGCUGCGGCGCUCGUGUGGAAACCACGCGAUGGGAGCGUACAUCUCGGGUCAUUGGGACGGCGGCGGCGAAAACGGCACGCUGCCGCAGGGGGUUUCCACCAACUGUAGCUCGGUGAGCGUGCCGGUGCGCCGAGGACUGGAUCGAGCUCAUGAGCAGUACGAGCGGCUAAUCAGGGAUGGAUUCCUCCUGAAGCUUCCAGCGCCGCUAGGGGACUGCGAUCGAUGCACACACCUGAGCGGCGGGGAGUGCAGGUUCGAUCAGUUUGCGUUCCAGUGCGUCUGCCCUGACGGGAAGUUCUGCCUUAAUUCCACCGAAACCAACUCAACAACCCAUCCAGAUAUUCCGAGCUCGGACACAGAUACAGCAGGUACAGGUGCAGAUAAAAAUGUUGGAAUGAAGUUUGUCACAGGAAUCACAAGUGCUGUUCUGUUUGUCAUCAUACUGGGGCUCGUGUGCCAUCUUGUACAACUCAACCGAGCCAAGAACAAGAAACGAUCUGCGUCGAUGGACGGCCUCAUCCGUGAAGGAUCGCCGUUGGCAUCGCUCCGGAAGGAGCUCAACCUCGCCGGCUCGCCGUGCACACACAUCUUCACCUACGAGGAGCUCGACGCGGCCACCGACGGCUUUGGCAACGCCAACGAGCUCGGCGCCGGCGGCUUCGGCACAGUCUACAAGGGGGUUCUCCGGGACGGGAGCGUGGUGGCCGUGAAGCGGCUGUACAAGAACAGCUACAAGGGCGUGGAGCAGUUCGCCAACGAGGUGGACAUCCUCUCGCGUCUGCGCCACCCCAACCUCGUCGCGCUCUAUGGCUGCACCUCCUCCUCGCCGACCUGCCGCGACCUCCUCCUCGUCUACGAGUUCGUCCCCAACGGCACGCUCGCCGAUCACCUCCACCACGGCAAGGACGGCGGCGGCGAUCCUCUCCUCCUCCCGUGGCCGACCCGCCUCGGCAUCGCCGUCGAGACGGCCGCCGCGCUGGCCUACCUCCACGUGCACCAGGUCGUGCACCGGGACGUCAAGACGACCAACAUCCUCCUCGACGACGGGUUCCACGUCAAGGUGGCCGACUUCGGGCUGUCCCGGCUGUUCCCGGCGGACGGUGCCACGCAGCACGUGUCCACCGCGCCGCAGGUCACGCCCGGGUACGUCGACCCGGCGUACCACCAUCGGUACCAGCUCACGGACAAGAGCGACGUAUACAGCUUCGGAGUGGUCCUCGUCGAGCUCGUGUCCUCCAGGCCGGCGGUGGACAUGGCCCGGGCCGGCACCGACGUGAACCUGGGCUGCAUGGCCGUGCGCAUGAUACAGUGCUGCGAGAUCGACCGGCUGGUCGACCCGCGGCUAGGGUACGGGUCGUCGGCGAGCGAGACGAAGGGGACGAUCGACCUGGUGGCUGAGGUGGCGUUCCGGUGCCUGCAGCCGGAACAGGACGUGCGGCCGUCCAUCGGCGAGGUGCUGGACGUGCUCAGGCAGGCGCACCAGAGGAUCACGGAGAAGGGAGCCUCGGCCACCACAGAUGGUGCGGUGUUGCUGAAGAAGAGCAGGGACGGGUCGCCUGACUCCGUCAUGCACCAGUGGAUCAGCCCCUCGUCCACCUCCAACAGCACCUGA